AUGCUUCAGCAUAAUCCUCUCCAAGAGACCUAUGCGGUGGGUGAUGCUCCGUGGUCUCUCACAAUCCUUAGCAUUGGAAUGUGUGUUGGUUGGCUGGCUAACUACAUUGCAAUGAUUCGCAAAUCGUUUCAAGACCGUACCUAUGGUAUGGCUCUGAUGCCGCUUUGUUGCAACAUCGCCUGCGAGUUUGUUUAUGGUGUCAUCUAUCCUCCAGACAUACCGAUUUGGCCAUACAUAUUUGCUAGCUGGUUGGCUCUCAAUUUCCUUGUUGUAUACGCUGCUAUGAAGUUUGCUCCGAACGAGUGGUCGCACGCGCCAUUGGUAGAGCAGAAUCUUCCUUGCAUUUUUGCCGUCAGUAUAGCUAUGUGGAUGUCUGCGCAUUUGACCCUGGUCGCCCAUGUUGGACAGAGCGCCGCAGCGGCUUGGAGCUCCUGGUUCUGCCAGCUGCUACUCAGUGCUGGCGGGCUAUGCCAGCUCAUAGUUCGAGGAAGUACGCGCGGAACAUCAUUAUUUAUUUGGUACGUUUUCAUACCGGAAGGCCACUAUCUUUUCUGUUUGAUGGCUGACUUGUCUGGUAUUCCAGGGCCAGUCGAUUCAUCGGGACUGUCCUUGCCUUGCCACAUGAGAUUCUGCGGUACCGACAUGGAUACACAAAUGUCGUUUGGCAUAGUCCGCUAG